GUUUAUCUUUAUUGUUAUUUUUCUCUCCUGAAGACUCCUUAACCUCUCCUCCUCCCACGCAGACCUCCCAGGCGCUCAGCUCAGCCGGAGGCACACGGAAAAAAGCGUAAAGAGCUCCGUAGUAAACCGGGAGUGACGAUGAGGAUGAUGAGGGGAGAUACGGUGUGUGGGCAUCGCUGCUUCAUUACCGGCUACGUGGACGAGAGGAAGGCAUCCACAUGACGGCGUGAGCAUCCAAUUUCCCACGAGACCUGCCUCCUGGACCAGGUGCUGGAGCUGAUUAUGAACGAGAAGCCCCCCACCAGCGCCAGCCUUUUCCUGAACGAGGACGCCGACAAGCCGCCGCUGCCGGACCGAGGAGACCUGAGGAGACGCCUCUGCCGGGCGAUGGAGAGGAGAGCCAGCAGCAUGAAGGAGAGGAUGAGCUCCGUGAGCAGGGACAGCGUCAGGUCUUUCCUCAGGAGGAACCUGUUUGUUCUGUUCACGGUGGCCGCCGUCGCCCUGGGUGUAAUCCUGGGCUUCGCUCUUCGCCCCUACAACCUGUCGCUGAGGGAGAUUAAAUACUUUGCUUUCCCUGGAGAGCUGCUGAUGAGAAUGUUGCAGAUGUUGGUGCUGCCGCUGAUCAUCUCCAGUCUGGUCACAGGUAUCUCCUCCUUGGACAGUAAAGCUUCAGGUAAGAUGGGCGUCCGUGCGGUCGUCUACUAUAUGGUGACCACGCUGGUCGCUGUGUUCAUCGGCAUCGUCAUCGUCAUCAUCAUCCGGCCGGGGAAAGGCAGCAGGGACAGUCCUGUGGCCAAAACUGGAAACAUCGAGCCGGUUCAGGCUGCUGAUGCUUUUCUGGAUCUCAUCAGGAACAUGUUUCCCCCCAAUCUGGUAGAAGCCUGUUUCAAGCAGUAUAGAACCGUGUACAAGAAGAUUGUUCACACGAGGAACGUGACAGUGACCCUGAAUCUCACUGAAUCUCUCAACAUGACCGAGUCUAACCUGAACCUCAGCAGGGUGCUGCACACCAUACAGGAGACGGUGGAGGAGACGGUGGAGGAGACGGUUCCGGUGUCGGGCUCCUCGUCUGGAGUGAACGCUCUGGGUCUGGUGGUCUUCUCCAUGUGCUUCGGUCUGGUCAUCGGCAACAUGAAGCAGCAGGGUCAGGCUCUGAGAGACUUCUUCGACUGCCUGAACGAAGCCAUCAUGAGGCUGGUGGCCGUCAUCAUCUGGUACGCUCCAGUAGGCAUCCUGUUCCUGAUCGCUGGGAAGAUUGUGGAGAUGAAGGAUCUGGCUGAGGUUGGCGGUCAGCUGGCGAUGUACACGGUGUCGGUCAUCGUCGGCCUCCUGAUCCACGGACUCUUCGUUCUGCCGCUGCUCUACUUCCUGGUGACCAGGAGGAACCCUUACAGCUUCAUCAGCGGCCUGCUGCAGGCGUUAAUCACCGCUCUGGGAACCUCCUCCAGCUCUGCCACUCUGCCCAUCACCUUCCGUUGCCUUGAAGAAAACAACCACGUGGACAAACGAGUGACGCGAUUCGUCCUCCCUGUUGGCGCCACCAUCAACAUGGACGGCACCGCCCUCUACGAAGCCGUGGCAGCCAUCUUCAUCGCCCAAGUGAAUGACAUGGACCUAAACUUUGGUCAGAUUCUCACCAUCAGUAUCACGGCAACGGCUGCCAGCAUCGGAGCAGCAGGCAUCCCUCAGGCCGGGCUGGUUACCAUGGUGAUCGUAUUGACAUCGGUGGGACUGCCCACGGAGGACAUAACACUGAUCAUCGCCGUGGAUUGGUUCCUGGACCGGUUGCGAACCACCACCAAUGUCCUGGGCGACUCGCUCGGCGCCGGCAUCGUGGAGCACCUCUCCCGCGGCGAGCUGCAGAAUCAAGAUGCUGAGGUGCGCAACUCUGUGAUCGAGGAGAACGAGAAGCCCUACCAGCUCAUCUGCCAGGACAAUGAUGUGGUGAACCACCUGAACAGCGAAACCACGAUGUGAAGGGGACUUUGAGACGUUUUUUUUAGCUAGAAGGCUGCAAAGACGCAGCCGAGACAAAAUUCUUGGUCAACCGAGAGAGUUGUUUUUGCCGUCGCAGACAGAAAACUCACAUCUCAAAUAAGGGGAAAAAAGGGUCUCUGGGAAACAAGGCGGUGCAAGGCCUGUCCCGGGGCGGCUUGGUGGCAGGAAAUUAAGUACAUAUGCCGUUUAGAAGCAGUUACACAUGCAGCGAUUGAGCCAGAAGCCUUCAUCGAGAUUUAUAUAAUUCAUGAACCUCGUAGUCAAAACAUUGUAAAACCUGCCAGAAUCAGUGCCGGAAAGCAAAGUAUUAUCAGAGAGAAACACGACCAGUCAUUUAAAAAAGUCUUAUGAAUGUAAAUCUGCACAUUUAGGCCAAAACUUCUCACUUUUAAUUCACAUCAUUUCCUUUACAAACACCUGUUUUUCACCAUCCUCAUCGCAACUACCUCUUAAAGACGAGAACUGAUAUCACUCUUGCCAAACAGAACGACACGGCAGCUCCCGUCUCGACGACCAACUUGCAAUUUGAGAGGGUGGGUGGCGUCAUUUUUGUCGUUUCUGCUUUUGUUUGUUGUUUUUUUUUCUCCUGCCAAAGGAGAAGCCACCCAAAUCCAGCUUCGUAAUCACUGCCAUUUCCUGCCCUUCGCCCACUUCUCUGCCUUCUCUCCUGUCUUUUCUCUCUAUUUCUAUUGACUCACUGCCAAUCUUCUACUACCGUCCUCUCUCCCUCUUCCUCCUCUCCUACCAAUAAAGAAUCUCACCAUCAAACCGAACCACUCACUCACUCACACCCUCAACAGGGUGGAAAAAAGGUCACUUCCUCGGACUCCUUCCCUACUUUUCCGCCUCCCUCCCUCCCUCCUUCCCUCACCCCUGUGUUAUUUUUCUGCUCUAUUAGAAAACAUUCUAAUAGAGUGUUUUUUAAAAAACAAAAUUGUUCGUAAAAUGUUUUUUCUUUUGUUUUCUUGUGCGACCUACAGCGCCGCACAAGAAGAAAAACAAGCUUAACAGAAUGUAAAUACUCCAGUUUUGUUCCUGUGUUUAGUUUAGUGUUAUUUAAGUUCCACAAUGUGACUAUGAAACUGAAUGUAUUUGACUGUUAAACACUGGAAAAUGCUGAAAAUUGAACUUUUUACUACUUUUUAUUUUGAGGUUGAUAUGUUUUAAGUGACUUGGUAGAAUUUUUUUACACUCAGACAUUGUAUUAUUAGUAGUAUUGUAUUAGUAUUUGUUGAAAAAAAUUGCAUGCAGCUUAAGUAAUGACACCAUGGCUGGUUGGCGUCAUUUUUGAGCAGAUAUGCAGACAAAAAGAAAAUAGUAUUUCUUGUAUUUAUUUGGUGCUAUUGGCACAGAACUGUACUGCUACACUGCCAUUUCACAGAAAUACACACGUGGACAAAAUUGUUGGUACCCCUCAGUUAAAGAAGGAAAAACCCACAAUUCUCACUGAAAUCACUUGAAACUCACAAAAGUAACAAUAAAUAAAAAUUUAUUGAAAAUUAAAUAAUCAAAAACAGCCAUUACUUUUGAAUUGUUGAUUAACAUAAUUAUUUUAAAAAACAAACUAAUGAAACAGGCCUGGACAAAAAUGAUGGUACCUCUAUAAAAGAUUGAAAACUAUUUGACCAGAGUGACACGAUUAACUCAGGUGUGUCAUUUAAUUGACAUCACAGGUGUUUCCAAACUCAUAAUCAGUCAGUCUGCCUAUUUAAAGGGAGACAAGUAGUCACCCUGCUGUUUGGUGAAAAGGUGUGUACCACACUGAACAUGGACAACAGAAAGCGAAGGAGAGAAUUGUCCCAGGACAUCCCAAAAAAAAUUAUAGACAAACAUCUUAAAGGUAAAGGCUAUAAGACCAUCUCUAAACAGCUUGAAGUUCCUGUGACAACAGUGGCUCAUAUUAUUCAGAAGUUCAAGACCCACGGGACAGUAGCCAACCUCCCUGGACGUGGCCGCAAGAGGAAAAUUGAUGACAAAUUGAAGAGACGGAUCGUUGGAAUUGUAUCCAAAGAGCCCAGAGCAACCUCCAAAGAAAUUAAAGGUGAACUCCAAGGCCAAGGUACAUCAGUGUCAGAUCGCACCAUUCGUCGUUGUUUGAGCCAAAGUGGACUUCAUGGGAGACGACCAAGGAGGACACCACUGCUGAAAAAAACUCAUAAAAAAGCGAGACUGGAAUUUGCAAAAAUGCAUGUUGACAAGCCACAAAGCUUCUGGGAGAAUGUCCUUUGGACAGAUGAGACCAAACUGGAGCUUUUUGGUAAGGCACAUCAACUCUAUGUUCAUAGACUCAAAAACCAAGCAUACGAAGAAAAGAACACUGUCCCUACGGUGAAACAUGGAGGAGGCUCAGUAAUGUUUUGGGGCUGCUUUGCUGCAUCUGGCACAGGGUGUCUUGAAAGUGUGCAAGGUACGAUGAAAUCUGAAGACUAUCAAGGCAUUCUGGAGAGAAAUGUGCUGCCUAGUGUCAGAAAGCUUGGUCUCAGUCGCAGGUCAUGGGUCUUCCAACAGGACAACGAUCCAAAACACACAGCCAAAAACACCCAAGAAUGGCUGAGAGAAAAGCGUUGGACUAUUCUAAAGUGGCCUUCUAUGAGCCCAGAUCUGAAUCCCAUUGAACAUAUGUGGAAGGAGCUGAAACAUGCCAUUUGGAGAAGACACCCAUCAAACCUGAGACAACUGGAGCUGUUUGCUCAUGAGGAGUGGGCCAAAAUACCUGUUGACAGCUGCAGAACGCUCAUUGACAAAUACAGAAAUCGUUUAAUUGCAGUGAUUGCCUCAAAAGGUUGUGCAACAAAAUAUUAAGUUAUGGGUACCAUCAUUUUUGUCCAGCCCUAUUUCAUUAGUUUGUUUUUUUAAAUAAUUAUGUUAAUCAACAAUUCAAAAGUGAUGUCUGAUUUUGAUUAUUUAAUUUUCAAUAAAUUUUUAUUUAUUGUUACUUUUGUGAGUUUCAAGUGAUUUCAGUGAGAAUUGUGGGUUUUUCCUUCUUUAACUGAGGGGUACCAACAAUUUUGUCCACGUGUGUAGCUGCAAUAAUACUCAAAAAAAGGAAAUUUUCUAUAUUUUCUUCACUCCAAGCACCACUUACUCAGUUAUUUCAACUACGAGAAGAAAAUAUUCAACAAGCAGAUGAUCAAUUUUUCUUUUUUUUCCAUACUAAAGUGAACAUUUAUAAGUUUUAAGGUUUGUUUUAUUUUAUCUUGGAUUUUUUUUUUAACUCGGACUCAGAAUAACAACUCUGCAAGUUUAAAGAGUCAGAGCAGUUGUGUGUUUGUGCAUCUUAACAUUAAAACAAAAUGACCCCUGCCUGUUUGUUUUUCUUCAUUGUAUCUUAUCAAGCAUGUCGUUCGAUUUUGUUAGAUUUUGAUUGAAAUUGUACUUUGCAAGCUGAUCUCUGAAUUAUUUUUCAUCGGUUUUGUGAAAAAGUACCGUGAGUAAAAUGCUGUAAGAAUUUGAAUGUACAGUUGUUUUAUGCUUUUUGAUGUUUUAGGAGAAAAUAUUGUGCGUCGAAACGUAAAGUGAACAUUUAAAUACCAGUUAAGUGAAACCUUAUCUUGACUUUGUCCCACUUAUGCCCAUUUAGAGGUUUGACUUUAGUUUCUAAGCUUGGUGUUAUUUUAGCCAAUGUGUUUGUUUCCCAUUGGAAGAACAGCAGCUCAACAUUUUUUGGAUGGAUUUGAAAAAUGUGGCAAAUAAAUGUCUCAGGUUCUCAA